AAGUCCAAAGCCACAGGGCAUUAUAUGGGAGUGAAUCACAGUGCCAACAUCACCGCUAGGUCAUGUAUAAAUACCUAGCAGCGGACAGCCCCACUGCGCUUCAUCCACUCUGAAGAGGCAAGAUCCACAGGGAGGUUUGUACUGCAUCAGUAGCUGGAUAUAUGAGAAAAAGUWAUGAUGAAAGUCUUUGGGUCAAUAGUGGGCCUUGCCCUGCUCCUUGUUUCUGCUCAGUGUCUGCUGCCUCCAUCCAAGGACGAUCUAAGCCAGAUUUCCCUCCUUGGAAUGAAGUACCUGGACAAGCAGAUAGAAAAUGCUAUCAGUGGGGUGAAGGAGAUGAAGACAGUGAUGGAGAGGUCUGGAGAGGACCAUGAGAAGUUCCUGAGUGCCCUGGAGAAAACUACAAGGCAAAAAGAGGAUGCUCUGAAGGCAGCUCAGGAGAUGGAGACGAAGCUGAGUGAGGAGCAGGAGGUGUGUAAUGGCACCAUGCAGUCUCUGUGGGAGGAGUGCAAGCCCUGCCUGAAGAACACCUGUAUCAAGUACUACUCCAGGACCUGCAGCAGUGGCGCUGGACUAGUUGGCAGACAGCUGGAAGAGGUUCUGAACAGGACCUCUCCAUUCUCCAUCUGGAUCAAUGGGGAGAACAUGGAUGUUCUGGAGCGAGAGGACCAGGAGCAGAGCUGGAGGUUCCAGAACCUGGAGGAGCGCUACUCCAACGUGGCCGAUGGGGUGGACAGCAUCUUCAUUGACAGCAUGAGGGUGUUUGACCACAUGCGCUCCCUCAACCCUCCCAUGUUCCCCAGCCCCUACCGCAUGCCCAGCAUCUGGGGUCAGGGUGAGAGGGCCAAUGAGAGAGCAGAGAGGGCAAAGGCGGGCGAGGUGCAUUCCCGUGUGGUCAGGUCCCCUUUGAAGGACCCAGACUUCCAUGGGUUCCACAACAUGUUCGCUCCCAUGAUGGACAUGGCCUGGAAUAUCUUUGGCUCCAUGGGGCCUUUCAUGGACGCAGAUGCUAACUUUGACAUCAACCCCUCAGAGGAGGGGAGUGUGAAUGAGGAUGUUGUUGUGACAAAGCCUUCCGGUAUGACCUGCAGAGAGAUACGUCGCAAUUCUGCUGGCUGCAUUAAACUGCGAGGAGAGUGUGAAAAAUGUGUAGCGAUCCAGGAUAUUGACUGCUCUGGGAAGAAGCCUCUGACUGGUCCUCUGAAGGAGGAGCUGGAGCAGGCCCUGGCCAUGGCUGAGAAGUUCACCCAGGAGUACAACAAGCAGCUGAGGAGGUUUGAGGAGCAGAUGUCUAACACAUCCAGCCUGCUAGACCUGUUCAGCAAGCAGUUUGGCUGGGUGUCUGCCCUGGCCAACAAUACCGACACCAAGGAUGGAAUCUUCAAGAUCGAAACAGUCAUGUCCAAGGACACGGAGGACCCUGAGAAACCAGGGGACACCAACGUGUCUGUGCAGCUGUUUAACACCCCCGCCAUGACCUUCAGUGUGCCUGGAGACAUUACCUGGAACGACCCGAAGUUCUCAGAGGUGGUGGCACAGGAGGCCCUUGACCGCUACAAACAGACAACAGUAGUGGUGAAGUAGACAUCUGAGGGCACCAAUGUUCAGGAUGAUUUCACAAGUCAACUAUAAGAGAAGAGAAUAGAAGUGAAACCUACGUCCUCGUCAUUGUUGAUAUUACAAGUUAUUGUAUUCCUAUAUGUUCUGUGUAACUAGAGUUCAUCCUGCUAUAAAAAACCUAACUAGAAAUGGUGCACCAAGUCCUGUUGUCUUGAGAGAGAAAAAUAUAGUACUAAUGUUACCCUUUGAGUAAAACUUGCUCACUGCUCCUUCUUUCAA